CCAGCAAGCGGAAAGGUGGCCACCAAGAUCCAAGGAAACGCCAAGAAGGCUUUGUUAAAGUGGGUUCAGUACACAGCAGCCAAGCAGACCGGAAUAGAGAUCAAAGACUUCGGGCGGAGUUGGAGGAACGGGGUUGCCUUUCACUCAGUCAUCCAUGCUAUCCGGCCAGAGCUCGUGGACUUGGAGAGGGUGAGAGGAAGGUCCAACCGAGAAAACCUGGAGGAGGCUUUCACCAUUGCUGAAACGGAGCUGGGGAUCCCCAGGUUACUAGAUCCUGAAGAUGUUGAUGUGGAUAAACCAGAUGAGAAGUCUAUUAUGACCUAUGUAGCCCAGUUUCUGAAACACUAUCCUGACGUCCACAAUACAGGCACUGAUGGGCUAGAGAAUGAUGAAAUAUUUCCAGAUUUCCUACUUUUUGCAAAUUCUAUCCAAAAUCUUAAGAGAGAAGACAGGCUAAUGCUGAAGGAAACAAAAGUUUGGAUAGAGCAAUUCGAAAGAGAUUUGACAAGGGCACAGAUGACAGAAGCAAACUUGCAGGAUAAAUAUCAGUCAUUCAAGCACUUCAGAGUCCAAUAUGAAAUGAAAAGGAAACAGAUUGAACAUUUAAUACAACCAUUACAGAGAGACGGUAAAUUGUCACUUGACCAAGCAUUGGUGAAACAGUCCUGGGAUCGAGUGUCCUCCAGG